UCAGUAUUCGAGGCACCUUUACAGCUCGAACAGUGCCAACCAUACACCGAGCGAUGGUGGCGACCCUGGCGGUAGAAGUCGACGGCCAGUCUGAGGGAGGCCUGAGAGCCGGCGCGCGCAGGAUCCUCAAACACGUCCGCCCGAACUGGCCUCACGACAGACUGCAUUUUAAGACCUACACCGCGGGCGUCACCAACAUUCUCGUGGGCGUGUGGUGCGAGAGCGAGCGAGACCAGGUGUUGGUGAGGGUGUACGGGAACAACACUCACCUCUUCAUCGACAGGCAGGAGGAAAUUAACACAAUGAAGGUCAUUCACGAAGCUGGCUGUGGGCCGGAGGUCUACGUGGCGUUCACUAAUGGCCUGUGUUACGCGUUCACUCCCGGCGUUCCUCUCACGUUCAAGAGCGUGACUCACGAGAACGUGUGGAGGGCAGUGUCCAAGCAGGUCGCCAAGAUACACAAGAUACAGCCCGGCGACAAAAAGAAUCCGAUGCUGUUCCCGAAACUACGGAAGUUCCUCUCCCUUCUGCCAGAGUCUUUCUCCGAUGCCGAAAAGCAGAAAAGAGUCGUGUCGUCGGGCUGCACCAAAAAGAUGCUGAGUCAGAUGUCCGACGAGCUGGAGGACCACCUGGUGCCCUUAGGCUGCCCGGUGGUCUUCUGCCACAACGACCUCCUCGUCAGGAACAUCAUCUGGGACCACGAUCACGCCAGCGUCACCUUCAUCGACUUCGAGUACGCGGCGCCCAACUACCAGCCGUUCGACAUCGCCAACCACUUCAAUGAGUACUCGGGAAUGGAGGAGCUGGACUGGACGCGCUACCCUCGCCCCGACGUGCAGCGGUCGUGGCUACGUAGCUACCUUUCCGAGUACCAGGGCGUGGUGGAGGACGAGGUCACCCUGCAGGACAUCGAACUCUGGAGAGGCUGGGUCACGAAAUUCACUCUAGCGUCUCACCUCCUGUGGGGCGUCUGGGGGCUUCUGCAGGCCUGCCAUUCCUCGCUGGACUUCGAUUACAUCACGUACGGCAUAUCUCGCAUCGCCGAGUACAAAAGGAGGAAGGAGGAAAUAUUUCGCCUGGACGUCGCUAUGAAGUAAAGCAAAGACGUUCUGAAGACUGGAAGUUCCAAUAAUCUUCUUCUUUCUCGCUUUUUGGAAGAAUAAGUUGCUACUCGGCAAUAUGGAAGAGUUACUGUAUUCUUUAUUAAGUUAAUUGGAUAUAUUAUUUAAAGAGCUAAAUCUGUAAAAUCUGAUAAGUCUACAUUUCUCGUACCUAUAUAACUGACAUAUAAAAGAUAAUUGUACAAUUUGAUCUUUUAUUUUGUUUAUUUGUGACAGCUGGAUACAAAUAUAUAUCAAAUAGCAUUGGAAUUACAAUUAAUUACUAUUAUAUGAUUUAUACCAAUAUAACCCUCAUAUAAAACACAGAAGAAAACUUUGUGGAAGUUGGAUUAAUGAAUCACUCAUGUUUUAUUUGCAAAGAAACAUGAUUUGUAUAUGGCUUUAAAAGAUACACAUUAUAUGUGAAUAAGUACA